AUGAAUGAAAUAGACAAAUGGGCAGGAUUAAUGCAUGGAAAUAAUGUUGUGCCCAUCUUCCAAGUCUCCAGCGUGUCAGGAAAUGGAUUAUAGCAAUUGACUCGUUUCAUAAGCAAAGUGCCAAAUAGAGAUCAACUCAACAAAGCAUAUCAAACAGUCAACGAUCCAUUACAAUUUGACAUCUAAGAGAACUUUAAUGUUUCAGGUGUCGGAAUUGUAGUGAGUGGAAUAAUAAGAAGUGGAAAAGCAGUUCUAAACUAACAUGUGCUUUUAGGUCCAGAUAAGGCUAAAUAAUUUAAACCUGUGACCAUUAAAUCUAUUCACAUCAAUAGAGUCUUGACUGAUACUGCACAAGUAGGAGAAUUUGCUUGCUUUUCUCUAAAACCCUCCAAAGCUGGUGAUAAAUUAGAUAGAGCAGAUUUUAGAAAAGGGAUGAUUAUCAUUGACCCAGCUUUAAAAUAGGAACCUGUAACUGAAUUCGAAGCCAAUAUCCAUAUCCUUCAUCAUCCUACUACAAUGAGUAAAGGAUAUCAAGCAGUUAUGCAUUGUGGAGUUAUUAGAUAGGCAGUCGAAAUUAAGAACAUACUCCAAAAUGAAGUAUUGAGAACUGGUGAUGUUGAUACCGUUAGAUUAAAAUUCUUAUAUGCAGCUGAAUUUCUAUAAACUGAUUAAAUAUUAGUAAUAAGAGAGGGAAGAACUAAAAUUUUUGGAUAUAUCUCAAAAUUAAUUACAGAUAAAUAAAUUGAAGAUGAGAAGAAAGCUUUAGUCAACCCAAAUCUUUAAAUAAAACAAUAACUUUGAUUUGUUAUUUUAUUUUAAUAAAUCUCAUUUAUAUUAAUUUUUAACA